UGGACGAGUGAUGCGCGCCAAGUCGGCCGGGUUGAUCGCUGCAUCCACAUCGGCGAACGAGGCGCGGAUCAGCCUGAUCGUCCAGCAACCGGCCCUGUCGUGCGGGUGGUCGCCCGGUGGUGGAGACUGAUCAUCAGCCAGCAGCAGCCCGGAAGACUCGACGCUCUUGCAGAAGGACGUUGCCCAACUCUGCCGAUAGGCGACAUUGCUCCGUCUCGGAUCGCACCUUCCACCCAUCCCCGCUGUCGGAAUGUCGUCGCUUCCAGUUCCUGCCAAAGCCGAGUUUGUCCCAACCGAUGCAGUCGACAUCGAGGAUCUCUCCAAGCUCAAGUGUCUCAAGCCAUGCGUGCCGAUGUACGGCCCUAUUUUGGUCCGCGACCUCCCGAAUGGAGCAGUCAAGUAUUGGUGCACAUGCGGAUUGAGCAAAACACAGCCGUGGUGUGAUAACAGCCAUGUCGGCACCGAGUUCAAGCCCUUGAAAUGGGUUGUCUCUGGCAACAAGCGGGACGGCAAGCCACAGACACUCUAUAGCAUAUGCAACUGCAAGUACACCCGCGAUCCUCCGUAUUGCGACGCUCGGCACAUUGAUCUGCCAUGCGACUACCUGGACGCCCAGGAGCAGUGCAAGGAAGACCAUUCCAAGAUCGAGAAGCUGUGCACAAAGUGCGGAUUCAAGGCCCCUGCUGCUCGGAUCCAAGCGGACGAGGCCGGCGUUGUUUGAAGCGGGGAUGGUGGGGGCACUCGAUUCUCCUCUGGCUGCCGAAUAAAUGUUCUUGUUGCAGCCGACA